GUUGACACAUCGACAAAACGACCCAACAGACUAGUCGUACACAAUAACUCUAACACAACAAGUGAAACAAACUAUUAUAAUUCAUAUCUCUCUUAUAUUAUAUUAUUUAAAUUGUACCAUUAAUACUAUCCAGCACUAUGAAGCUUCUCUGCAUUUUAAUAGCGCUAACCUUUGUCAACGUUUCCCCGAUAAUGACAGCGGGCUAUGCAAAUUCAGUUUACACUACAACCCAAUACAUUAAGAAGGCUAAUGAUACAAAUCCUGCUGGAUUGGAAACUGCACUUUUAAAUAUUAUUAACGGAGAUCGAUCGAUCGAGACACUUAAUUUGAUGUUGGCUACACCGGAAAAAGCAAUUAUCGGAUUCACAAUUGAUCAUGAUGAUUCAUUUAUUAGCAACUUACCAGAACAUAUUGCUAUAGCUGAUCAGAUGGCAGUGCAAAAUAUGAUAUUCCAAGUUACAAAUAUCGAUGUGCCUUCACUUGGCCCGAACGAAAAUUUUGGGAAUGUAUUGGUAGGCAUACUUGCAGAUCAAAGAAGAGGUAUAAUAGGAAAAAUUAUAAAAAAAUUACUCAUUGCCGCAAUAGAUAAAGGAACACCACGAUUCCCCAACCUUAACGAAAUAUGUCGUCUACUAGCUGUGGUCCGAAGUAUACGAUUUCCAGAUGCAUAUAUAAAAAUCGCUGUUGUUGAUCCCUCUGAAAAUUGUUGUAAGUUAACUUCGCGAAAUGCCAGAUUCCGAUACAAACCUCGUAGGGGCUCUAUUGAAGCGGUGAGGCCAAUUAGUCCUGAUUUUAAUGAGUUAGUGAACAUUUUGGAUGAAAUAAAGUUUUGGUUCCGUUAAAAUAGACCAUCAACCGAGGCUAGUUUUUAAAAAAAUUAUACUGCACCUACUGUUAUCAUUUUACUUUAAUAAUAUUUAUACGUUGCGCUUGUAUCAAAAUUGUCAUUUACUUCAUUGCAUUACAUUUUAAACAAUUUCUU